UUCGCAAUGCGAAUUGUUUACGAUAUUAUUAAAACAUGGCUUUCUUGGAGGAUACAUUCGUGAUUCUUAUUACACAGGUGGAAAUUUAUUUCCACUUAAUACAAAUUUAAUCUUAAUAGGAUUUGUAUAUAUUAUACAGUGAUUUUCUUCUUAGGAGGAUGGGUAUUUUUUGUAAAAAAGUUAUUUCGGGAUUAUGAAGUCCAUCAUAGAUUAGUACAAUUAAUUUUUUCCACAACAUUUUCAUUGUCUUGUACUAUGUUUGAGCUAAUUAUUUUUGAAAUAGUAGGAGUUCUUGAUUCUAGUUCUAGAUAUUUUCAUUGGAACGUUGGUCUUUAUAUGCUUCUCUUUAUGGUAAUUGUCCUGAUUCCAUUUUACAUAGCAUAUUUUAUUAUCAGUAAUAUUAGAUUUGUAAGACUGAAAUUGAUAAGACCGUUAACAGUUAUCGUAUAUCUUUUUUACCUUUACUUGUUUUGGAAAGUGGGAGAUCCUUUUCCAAUUUUAAGUCCAAAAAAAGGCCUUUUAUCUAUCGAACAAGGUGUUAGUAGAAUAGGAGUAAUUGGUGUUACCGUUAUGGCAUUGUUGUCAGGAUUUGGUGCUGUUAAUUAUCCGUAUACCUCGAUGGCCUAUUUUAUGAGGCCAGUAACGUAUGCUGAUGUACAAGCUAUAGAGAGACGGUUGUUACAAACAAUGGACAUGAUUGUUGCUAAAAAGAAAAGAAUAGCAUUAGGUAAAAAAGGAGAAGUGGUAGGACAGACCGAAGCUCGUUCUCGGCUUUGGGGUAUGCUCGGGCCUUUAAGCGGUACUAAAAGUAAUCAAGAAAGCAUUAAACAAUUACAAACAGAAGUGACAGCACUGGAGGAAUUGUCCAGACAAUUAUUUUUAGAAGCACACGACAUUCAGAUUGCAAGGGAACGUUUAGAAUGGGCUGCUACUUGGCAAGGAAAAUAUUUCAAUGUUUUAGGGUACUUUUUUUCUGUAUACUGUACUUGGAAAAUAUUUAUUUCAACGAUUAAUAUAGUUUUUGAUCGUGUCGGCAAAAAAGAUCCUGUAACUCGAGCAAUUGAAAUUGCAGUACAUUGGAUGGGUUUUAAUAUUGAUGUUACAUUCUGGUCACAACACAUUUCGUUUUAUCUUGUUGGCUGUAUCGUUCUUACAUCGAUUCGCGGUUUAUUAUUAACACUUACAAAGUUUUUUUAUGCUAUAUCAAGUAGCAAAUCAUCGAAUAUUAUUGUACUUAUACUUGCUCAAAUAAUGGGAAUGUAUUUCGUGUCCUCUGUUCUUCUGAUGCGCAUGAAUAUGCCUGCAGAAUAUCGAAUUAUAAUAACACAAGUUUUAGGAGAAUUGCAAUUUAAUUUUUAUCAUAGAUGGUUCGACGUUAUUUUCUUGGUAUCUGCUUUAUCAUCAAUCGCGUUUUUGUAUUUAGCUCAUAAGCAAGCACCGACAGAACGUAUUUGAUUCAAUAAAACAUAUUUUCUUUGUUUUUAAUUAAA